CUCACUUCAUUUUUCAUUCACUCUUCACAACUUCUACUAAACUUAGUAGCAAGAAGUGAAGAACCCCUACCUUCCCUCAUCACUCACUUACUUCUUCCCCAUCCCACGCGCCAUGUACACACACCGCAACGCCUCACUCUCACGCGCCGCCGACUCCCUCGGCCAUUUCCUCUCUCCCCCGGACGCAUCCGCGGCGUCACCAAUGCAGUACUCUCCCGCCGCCGCCGCCGCCGCCGCCGCUCCUCCUCCCCUUCACCACCACCACCACGGCGAGUUCGACUCGCUGCUCGAACUCAAUUACUCGGAGAUGAGUUCGAACAACACGUACAACAGCUGCAGCAGCGGGUGCACGAGCUACAUGGGGUCGCCGAGUUCGCUGGCGAGUAAUUACGAGAGUCGACGAGUAGUGCAGAGGAGCGUUAGCAGCCACUCGCUGCAAAAGAACGGUGGGACCCACCACCAUCCCUUUUCUGAGUUCUCUCCUCUUUUCGCUGAGUUCAUUGACUCGGAAAACGGUCCCGUACGGAGAGCUUGCAGUACCGGUGACCUUCAGAGAUUCAAUGGAAUGCAACAUUUUCAGCAUUCUGAUAGCUCAUUGUCAAGUGAAAGUAGUUUGAUCAUAGAAGAAAUGAGCAGAACCAGUCCUUAUAGCCCAGAGGAGAAGAAGGUGAGGAUUGAGAGAUAUAGGAACAAGAGAAACCAGAGGAACUACUGCAAGAAAAUUAAGUAUGCUUGCAGAAAGACAUUGGCAGAUAGCAGGCCACGUAUCAGAGGGCGAUUUGCAAGGAAUGGCGAAAUUGCAAUUAACCCUCCAGCUCAGUGGAGUCACAUGGGAAAUGGAGAGGAAGAGGAAGAAGAGGAAGAGAAUUGGGCUAAUUUCUUUGAUUCCUUAGUUCCUCCAAAUCUUGCUCAGGAGCCUCAAGGCAGUAGUUCCUCCUUUGGUGUGUUCUAUUAAAUAAUUGCAUGCGUAAAUCAGCAUGGCUAGAUAAUUAAGUUGUUUGUUUUCCCAUUUUUUUAAGUUUUGUAGUUGGUAAUUAAUGUAAAUAUAAUAUAUAUAUAUAUAUAUAUAUAUAUAUAUAUAUCCUUAUUUGAAUCAUGGAUGUGACCAUGUGCAGUUUUAGACUUCAAUCUGGGUUGAAGUUUGUAGUGCCCUUUUAUGGUUUUAUAGACUAGGCCUCAGUAGCAGCAGCAUUGAAUUGAUUGGAUAAAAAACUUUUGCAAGUUGUACUUGGGGUUUAUUUCCUAUAUGAUGUAUUUAUAAAAUUAUAUAUUUUAUACCAUGGACUUCUUUUAUUGA